AUGCCGCCUUUCGUCGCCUCCGCCGAGCGCACCGACGGCGCCGUGCACGUCCUGCUGAUCACGACGGGCAGCGUCGCGUCCAUCAAAGCGCCCCUCAUCGUUUCCGAACUGCUCUCCUACACCAACGUGAAGGUGGAGGUCGUCGCGACGACGCCGUCCACGGUGUUCUUCGACGCCGGUGCGAUCGCUAGCGCGGGCUCGCGCGUCUGGCGGGACGAGGACGAGUGGAAAGCGGGCUUCAAGAUCGGCGACCCCAUCCUGCACAUUGAGCUCCGCCGCUGGGCGGACGUCGUCCUCGUCGCACCGUGCUCCGCGAAUACGCUUGCCAAGAUCGCAGGCGGUAUUUGCGACAACCUUGCCACGUCUCUGCUACGCGCGCUAGCGCCGACGACACCGACGUAUGUCUUCCCGGCGAUGAACACGCUCAUGUACGAGCACCCGCUGACGGCGGAGCAUCUGCGCGUCGUGCGCGAGGUGGUGAAGUACACCGUGGUCGGGCCUAUAGGUAAAGGGCUCGCCUGUGGAGACGUCGGACUCGGUGCUAUGACGGAGUGGCGAGAGAUCGUGCAGAUCGUUGUAGACAGGUUCGGGCUGCAGAAGAGACAAGCUGCUGUCGACGGUUGA